CCAAUGUGUUAGCAGGCAGGCUACGUGGUCGUGGACACACACGUCUAAACGGAACGUGACACCCGGACAGGGACAGAAACCCACCGCUGCUGCAAGAUGGUGAAAAUUACAGUAAUCAAGACCAAACCGUACACCGAUCAAAAGCCCGGAACCAGCGGUUUAAGAAAGAGGGUGACCGUGUUCCAGCAGAAUCAGCAUUAUGCGGAAAACUUCAUCCAGAGUAUUAUUUCCACAGUUGACCCUGCUCAGAGGCAAGAGGGCACUCUGGUAGUGGGAGGAGAUGGACGAUUCUUCAUGAAAGACGCUAUUCAGUUGAUCAUCCAAAUUGCGGCCGCAAAUGGGAUUGGCAGGCUGGUCAUUGGUCAAAAUGGAAUUAUGUCAACACCUGCAGUGUCCUGUGUGAUCCGUAAAAUCAAAGCCAUUGGAGGGAUCAUCCUGACAGCCAGUCAUAACCCCGGCGGGCCCAAUGGAGACUUUGGCAUCAAGUUUAACAUUUCCAGUGGAGGUCCAGCACCAGAGGGCAUCACGGACAAAAUCUUUCAGAUCAGCAAAAGCCUCCAGGAGUACCACAUUUGCCCUGAGCUCAAAGUGGACCUCUCAACCAUUGGGAAACAAACCUUUGAGGUUGACACGUUCAAGCCCUUUACCGUUGAAAUCGUGGACUCUGUGGAAUCCUAUGCUGUGAUGCUAAGAGAGAUCUUUGACUUUCCUGCUCUGAAGGAGUUGCUUUCAGGGCCCAAUCACAUCAACGUACGACUGGACGCAAUGCACGGAGUGGUUGGUCCAUAUGUAAAGAAGAUUGUAUGUGAAGAGCUGGGAUCCCCUGCUAACUCUGCGGUCAACUGCGUCCCCUUGGAAGACUUUGGGGGCCACCAUCCUGAUCCCAACUUAACAUAUGCUGCUGACCUGGUCAACACUAUGAAGGGAGGAGAAUAUGACCUUGGAGCAGCAUUUGAUGGUGAUGGUGAUCGAAACAUGGUUUUGGGUAAGAAUGGAUUCUUUGUCAACCCCUCAGACUCCGUGGCAGUCAUCGGUGCCAACAUUACAUCCAUCCCUUAUUUCAAGAAGACUGGCGUAAAGGGUCUGGCUCGCAGUAUGCCCACUAGUGGGGCUCUGGACAAUGUGGCCAAAGCUUUAAAGAUACCCCUUUGUGAGACACCAACAGGCUGGAAGUUCUUUGGAAACUUAAUGGAUGCAGGCAAGUUAUCCCUCUGUGGUGAAGAAAGCUUCGGUACCGGUUCCGAUCAUAUCCGUGAGAAAGACGGUCUUUGGGCGGUGCUCGCAUGGCUCUCAAUACUGGCCACUCGCAAACAGAGUGUUGAGGACAUCAUGAAAGACCAUUGGCAGAAGUUUGGGAGGAACUUUUUCACAAGGUAUGACUAUGAAGAGGUGGAUUCUGAUGCUGCAAAUAAGAUGAUUGAGGAAUUACAGACAACUAUGUUUGAUAAAGGCUUUGUUGGGCAAAAGUUCUCCUCUGGGGAUAAAACGUAUCAGGUGGAGAAGGCUGAUAACUUUGAAUACACAGAUCCUGUUGAUGGCAGUGUCUCAAAAGGACAGGGUUUGAGGAUCAUCUUCUCAGACGGCUCACGGAUCAUCUUCCGGCUCAGCGGGACAGGAAGCGCCGGGGCAACCAUCAGGCUUUACAUUGACAGCUACGAGAAGGACCAACAGAAAAUCUAUCAGGACCCACAGGUCAUGCUGGCUCCUCUGGUGGACAUUGCCUUAAAGAUCUCGCAGCUGCAGGAGAAGACUGGCCGCACCGCUCCGACUGUGAUCACAUAAUUAGCCAAGACCCCAUAUUCAUCUCAUCCAGCCCAGACAUACUGUAUUGAGAAAUGCCUUACUUUAUGAUUAUCACCAUCAACCUUGUACCCCAGUCAUUAUGUGUUCAAUGCGUCUUCUAGAAAGUAUCAUCUCAAGUCUCUUGUUUCUUGUGUUCCACAAAGUAAUGUAAAACACAGCUUAUAAAAAUAUAAAGUAUUAAAUAUAACUAAAGAACUACAAAA